AUGUCUCGCCCCGAUAUGGGCCCCCCGGCCAAAAGGCAUAAAGGCACUGGACAUCUCCCUCCAGGCCUACGCGACGCCAGACGGAAGGAAAGCGACACAUGGGAGACCAAUCGAAUGCUCACCUCUGGUGUAGCUCAACGAAGAGACCAUGAGGGCGAUUUCAUGCCCGACGACGAAGAGGCGACUCGAGUGCAUUUGCUCGUUCACGACCUCCGGCCGCCUUUCCUCGAUGGCCGCACGAUCUUCACGAAGCAGCUGGAACCGAUCUCCGCCGUUCGCGAUCCCCAGAGUGACUUGGCAGUGUUCAGUCGGAAAGGAAGCAGAGUCGUUCGUGAGCGGCGACAGCAGCGUGAGCGAGAGAAGCAAGCGCAGCAGGCGACAAAUAUGGCCGGCACAGCCCUGGGGAACUUGAUGGGUGUUAAAGAAGAUGAGGGAGAUAGCGCAGUUGCUAUGCCUGUUGAGGAAACCUACAAAGCCGGAGGAAACAAGUUCGCCAAGCACAUGAAGAAAGAGGGUGGUGGCGCUAGCGACUUCAGCAAAAGCAAGACCUUGCGCGAACAGAGAGAAUACCUGCCCGCUUUCGCCGUGCGAGAAGAUCUACUACGGGUCAUCCGGGACAACCAGGUUGUGGUGGUUGUUGGAGAAACAGGAUCUGGCAAAACCACCCAGUUGACUCAAUUCUUGCACGAGGAUGGCUACUCCAAAUUUGGUAUGAUUGGAUGCACGCAGCCUCGCCGUGUAGCUGCCAUGAGUGUCGCAAAGCGUGUCAGCGAAGAGAUGGAUGUUGAACUUGGUGGAACCGUUGGAUAUGCUAUCCGUUUCGAGGAUUGCACGAGUGAUGAAACAGUCAUCAAAUACAUGACGGAUGGUGUUUUACUGCGAGAAUCCCUGACCCAGACGGACCUUGAUAAAUACUCGUGCAUCAUCAUGGACGAGGCGCACGAAAGAGCCCUCAACACCGACGUUUUGAUGGGUCUUCUUAAGAAAGUCUUGGCCAGGCGCAGGGAUCUGAAAUUGAUUGUGACCUCGGCAACUAUGAACGCAGAUCGGUUCUCGCGAUUCUAUGGCGGUGCGCCUGAAUUUAUCAUUCCUGGCAGAACAUUCCCCGUUGAUCUUCACUUCUCACGGACACCCUGUGAGGAUUAUGUCGACAGCGCAGUCAAGCAGGUCUUGUCCAUCCAUGUUUCUCAGCCUGCUGGUGAUAUCCUUGUCUUCAUGACUGGACAAGAAGAUAUUGAAGCGACUUGCGAGCUAGUCGAGGACCGGUUGAAGCUGCUGAAUGACCCACCAAAACUUAGUAUCUUACCUAUCUACAGUCAAAUGCCGGCUGAGCAACAAGCAAAGAUCUUCGAGAAAGCCGCCCCGGGGGUGCGGAAAGUCAUUGUUGCUACGAAUAUCGCUGAAACAAGUUUGACGGUCGACGGUAUCAUGUAUGUCGUGGAUGCAGGUUAUUCGAAGCUGAAGGUGUAUAACCCGCGUAUGGGUAUGGAUACUCUCCAGAUCACGCCAAUUUCCCAGGCCAAUGCAAAUCAGCGAUCUGGACGAGCUGGACGGACUGGGCCCGGUAAGGCCUAUCGUCUAUACACCGAAACAGCCUACAAAAACGAGCUGUAUAUUCAAACAAUCCCCGAGAUUCAGCGGACCAGUUUAUCAAAUACCGUGCUCUUGCUGAAAUCCCUGGGAGUGAAGGAUCUUCUGGACUUUGACUUUAUGGACCCGCCCCCUCAGGAGACCAUUUCCACCUCUCUUUUCGAGCUGUGGUCCCUAGGUGCUUUGGACAACCUGGGCGACCUCACAUCCCUAGGACGUCGCAUGACACCAUUCCCCAUGGAUCCUCCACUAGCCAAGCUCGUGAUCAUGGCCUCCGAAGAAUACGAGUGCAGCGAGGAGAUGUUAACCAUCGUCUCCAUGCUUUCGGUACCAAAUGUCUUCUAUCGCCCCAAGGAACGAAUGGAGGAAUCCGACUCAGCUCGCGAGAAAUUCUUCGUUCCCGAAUCCGACCACCUCACACUUCUCCACGUUUACACCCAAUGGAAGACCAAUGGAUUCUCGGAUGCCUGGUGCAACAAGCAUUUCUUGCAUGCCAAAACUCUUCGCCGAGCCAAGGAAGUUCGCGACCAGCUCCAAGACAUCAUGACCCAGCAAAAAAUGCCUCUCAUCAGCUGCGGCACCGAUUGGGACAACAUCCGCAAAUGCAUCUGCUCAGGCUACUACCACCAAGCCGCCAAAGUGAAGGGCAUCGGCGAGUUCAUCAAUCUCCGCACCGGCGUGACCAUGUCACUCCACCCCACCAGUGCCCUCUACGGACUCGGAUACGUGCCCGAAUACGUCGUCUAUCACGAGUUGAUCCUAACGGCCAAGGAAUACAUGUCCACAGUCACAGCUGUUGACCCUCACUGGCUCGCCGAACUCGGCGGCGUAUUCUACUCCGUCAAAGAAAAAGGCUACUCCAAACGCGACCGUCGCGUAACAGAAAUCGAGUUCAACAAGCGCAUGGAAAUCGAGGCGCAAAUGGCAGUUGAUCGUGAACGUGCCGAAGCUGAAAAACAGCGCGAGGAGGAACGCAAUGACCCCGCUCGCCGCAGGACGGAAAUCGAAGUUGGCGGGAAGUCCGCUGUGCGUAGACCUGUUAUCAAACCAGGACGGAAGAUCGGUGGCUUGACUGCUUCUUCUUCCUCUUCGUCCCGGCCUGGUGCCAACGGUGGUGCGGCUCGUGGCGGCGGUGCUUCUGGAGGCAGUGUGGUCAAAAGGCCUUCUGUUCCUCGGAGACCAGGACGUGCUUUCUAG